AUGUACAAUACGCGAUCGAAAUCCAAAAAAGUUUCCGAAAAAUUGGCAGCGUUAGUCAAUAUUGAUCCCGAGUUGUCUGGUGAUUCAGGAGAGGACUCAGCCACAGACGAAAUUCCAAGUGUGGAAGGUGAAAGCUUCUUGCAUAAGUCGAUGUGCGAAGUCCGUGUUUACAUUAGCUUUUCACCAUUUACAGAGAACAGUGACGAUUCGGGAACAGAAAGUGAGGAGGAAGAAGAAGAAAGCGAGAGUGAAGAAGAAGAAGAAAAUGGUGAGGAUUGUGAGACUGCUGCCGAUGGAACAGUUUGGCUGAAAACCGCUCUGGCUGAUAAGUCUGGUCAAAAACGGGUUGGCAGAGCGUCCGCUCAAAAUAUAAUUAAAAUCAUUCCCGGACCGACACCUGUCGCUAAAAGAAACAUCACCGACAUUCUUACUGCAUUUUCAUCAAUGAUCGACGAAGAGUUGUUGGAAUAUAUUCGUGAAUGUACAGAAGCGGAGGCUCAUCGAUCUAUGGGAAACAAUGACUGGUCAAUAUCGCCAAAUGAACUGAAAGCGUUCAUCGCAGUUUUGUAUGCGCGAGGAGCAAUGGGAUUGAAAAACAUGUCGGUGUCGAACAUCUUUUCAACGAAAUAUGGACCAGAGCUUAUUCGUGGGACCAUGUCCCGGGAACGUUUCAAGUCAAUAAUGCGCUACCUCCGGUUCGAUGUAAAGGAGACACGCGCUGAACGACUGCAAACCGACAAGUUUGCUAUGGCAAGACAGAUUUGGGACAAAUUUAUACACAAUUGUCGUUCCUGCUACGCACCUGGCGAAAACAUAACCAUCGACGAGCAACUGUUUCCUUCAAAAACUCGAUGUCCAUUCACCCAGUUCCUACCGAAGAAGCCGGAUAAAUUCGGCAUAAUGUUCUACCUGGCCGUUGAUCUGCGAUCGAAAUUUGUUCUGAAUGGGUUUCCAUUCAUCGGCAAUGAUGAACAGUGUGUCUACGAGGGGAGUGCUGCUGACAAAAUAGUGCUUCGCCUUUUGGAACCAUUCUUCGGAAAUGGUUACUGUGCUACGAUGGACAAUUUUUUUACUAGCCCGAUCAGUGCCAAAGUAUUGAAAGAUAAGCGCAUUACUGUUGUGGGAACUGUCAACAAGAAUAGAAGAUGGCUGCCGCCGACUGCCAGGAAGAAAAACGCCGGACUGACUUUGCACGAAACCAUUUUAUUUGCUGGACCAGAUAACGAGAUUCUCACAUUAUACCAGAGCAAGAAAAGCAAGUUGAUCGGAGUCUUCAGUACAUUUCAUGAUUCGGUUGUUGUUGGAAACAAAACAAACAAAAAACCCGACACAAUCGAGUACUACAACAACACCAAGUACGGCGUUGACAUUACCGACGGAAUGGCCAAGGCGCAUUCAGUCAAAGCUGCUUCACGUCGAUGGCCGGUACACGUUUUCUACAAUAUAUUGGACCUUGCCGCCAUCAACGCCUGGAUCUUAUAUCGAGAGGUGACUGGCAAAAAAAUUUCGCGCAUCAAAUAUCUGUUAUCGUUAGCUGACGACCUACGAAAGAACUACAUUACGUCGAAGUCAGCACCAGAGAAACGACCGCUAAUUUUGCCGGACUCACCCAAUAAAAAGAUCAUGACUUCGAGCGGAUGCCGACCGAUUUGCCAGACACCGAAGUGCCGGAACAAAAGCCUAGGAAUGGGCUUGGAAAUAAAAUGA